AAGAACAAAAGUUCAUAAAUAAAGAUUCAUUGUCCUCAGUUAUCAAUUGUUUGAGAAUCAGUCACGAUGCAGAAAUUACAAGGAAAUUUCUGCAUUUUAUUUAACAUUCUGAUUGUUUUUUUCCUGGCUGGUUCACUUACUGCACAACAACCCAACACUCCCUCUCCUCCCGAGGAUGCAAUUAUUUGUCCCUAUCCACCUGCCUCUUCUAUCCUACCUUGUGAUUGUUUAGCAGAUCCUCGCACAUUCGAGAUCUACUUAACAUGCUACUGGGAUAUGGGAGAAAAUGAAGAGGAAAAUUUAAUCAAGUUUCAGCAAGUUUUUGAUGAAUUUGAUUCAUAUGAUAAGAUCUAUGUGCUUGAGAUGACUUGUGACCAGUGCUGGAACUUUGGAUUUGACGGUGUUCUAAACGAGAAUACGACAGGAAGGUUUGAAAUAACUUACUUUACUCUGGAGCACUUUGAAUCAACUCAAAACAUCUCAACUCAACAGUUUACUUCUACAGCUUUUAAAAGUUCCAGGGAUAGUUUGCAGUAUCUAUACUUUGAUCCAUAUAAUUUCAUUACCCCAGAUCAGAACAUUUUAACAGGACUCAAAAACUUAACACAAUUAAAAUUACACGGACUUAACGCCCAGUCCAGCAACCUUCCAUCUUUCUCUUCGCUUGAAAACUUAAGAUUUCUGAGUUUGUCUGACGGUUCUCUACAAACUAUCAACUCAGAUACGUUUAAAGGAUUGGAAUAUUUGACUUCCCUUUUCAUUGAUAAUUCUCAGGUGAACUCUAUUGAAUCUGGUACCUUCUUAAACCUUACUAGCUUGACCCAUCUCUCUAUUACAUUCAACUGUGUGGAAAUCAUCAAAAAAGGAACUUUCGGUAACCUGCCUUCACUUUCUAUUCUCAACAUAGGAGAUAACAAAAUAAAGGAAAUUCAAGGGAACCUAGACGAAAUUAGUGCUAACACCAAAGUAUUGCUUCACAACAACUACAUAAGGCAGCUGAAUGAAAGUACAUGGAGAGGAUUGACUGAAAAGAUUUUAUACACUCCUUUAGCUCAGGGUGUAAUUGAUCUUGAGAACAAUCCAUUAGACUGUGGUUGUGAUGUAAAAUGGAUCAUUGUAGAACUUCAGGCCGCAGAAGUAUUCAGUAAUGCUAGAUGCUACAACGGUCAAGAUCUUGUUGAAGUAGAUCCUGGAGUUCUGGAGUUCUUUUGCCCAGACAAAUAAUACUUGUUGUAAAAUGAACAUGUAAAACAACUUAUAAAAUGUGAAGAAAAAGAGAAAAAAAAGA